AACUCGGAUGAGUUUUAUCACCCGUCCCGGCCUUUGAACGGCUGUUUCAUCAGAAUGGAACCCCGGAGCAAGCAGGCUUGUGAACCAUGCCGGAAAAAGAAGAGCAAAUGCACGGGUGAAAGGCCGACAUGCUCUUUCUGUGGACGGCUUAAUCAAGUAUGCACUUACCGGUCUCCGGAACCAAUAAGAACUACUGCACGAAAAAGUCAUAGAGUCACCAAAAGUGCCCAAAGAGAUGACUUACAGGAACGAUUCCAAAUACUGGAAUCACAAGUGAAAGGAAUUUAUGAGUUACUUCAACCAUCGUCAGCCUCAGCUACUGGACCCGGGCCUUCUCCAAGUACUUCUGCAAGUAUCCCAUCUACAAAUUUGCAAGCAGAGUACAGCGCAAGUCCUGGCAUGACUUCUCUCCCACCUACUGAUACAUCCUUUGAUGUGAACAAUCCACAUGUACCGUCAGGCGUUAUAGACCAUCUAAUAGAGAUCUUUCGUGUCAAACUACACCUCCAGCCUUUGCAACUAUUCAACAUAUCUGAACUCAAAGACACUCUCACUUCGGCACCUCAAUAUCUUCUCUACAGUUUCUUGGCACUCACUGUGCGGUAUAGUGCGCAUGAAUUCUUCAAUGGCAAACAGGCCAAGGCGGUUGAGUUGUUUGGUAGCUCUGCACAGCAAGAGGUUGCCAUCCUUGCUUCUCAGGGUAUUCCUAAGCUCGAGAUUGUGCAAGCUUUAUGCUUGCUUGUCCUAGUUGAUGUCGCAGCUUGUAAGCCAGGCCGAGCGUGGAUGAGCAUCGGAACAAUGUCCCGACUUGAGGCUCUCCGAAAAUUGUCCCAAAGUUCUUUCUAUGAAUCAUCACCCGACCUUGAGGCCAGCCUGAGAUGCCAUUGGACCGUUGCUCUCCUAGAGCAAACAUUCAUGCCUCAAGAGCGUAGUAGUAUAUACGACAAUGACGAACACAGAUACCCAGCUAGCGCUCGUAGGCCACCUUCACUUCCGCCCACGAAUGAUGGCGAGUGCCCUCCAGAUCUCUUCUCAGACGAUGCAUCCGAGGAUCUGGGAGUGACCGCAUAUUAUAUCAGCGUUAUCGAGAUGUGGGGUCACCUCUCAUCAUACAUGCACCAAGUCAGAAUCGGAAAAGCAGAGACAGCAUGGUUACCGGGUUCAAUGCAUUACAUCCUCUGUGCAGAGCUUUACAGACAUGAAACCAAGCUUCCCCAUAGCCAUCUGCUAAGAAACGUCCAUUUCACGAAAAGAAUGGCCGCUGAGCUUCAGGAUCAGCGCGAAUACUGGAUACCAUGGCUUCUCAUGCAAGUAGUUACUCACGCCAUCACCGCUAUUCUACAUCAUCCUUUCAUCCACCUGGUGGCUAUGCGAGAUAGAUCUAGCGGACUUCAGGCCCGUUCCUUCUUGCAGCAGACUGUCGAUCAGGCUCUAUUUAAUUCAGCAUGGGUGUUUAAACUCUUGCGCUUAUGUGAGGAGCUGCACUUCGAAAUCUGCGACCCUUUAGUAGGGCAGCUAGUAGCUGUAGUCGCAACGAUACCUUGGCUAUUCCAACGUGCGAUUGAUCCGAAAGUCGCCGGAAAGGCAAAGGGCGAUCUAGAGUGGUGCAAAGGGUUCUUGGAGAGACUGUCAUCGACAUGGCCGCACAUUGCGCAAAAGCUCGAAUUACUACAGACCUUGGACUCUACCGCAGACAAUAGCUCACAGCCGCCAGCUGGUAAGGGCAUCUCUAUUGUUUUCCAUCCAGCUCUGUUUUGGGCUCUGGUAGAUCCCAAGAUCAGCCAGAUGACGCCCAUGUGCGGAGAGAGUUCAAGUCGUCCGCAAGAUGCUAUGAUUCGCAUCUCAACGCAUUACAUCCAUCCUUUGACUGAGACACAGGUGAGCCAGUUGGCGCCGAGUCAAAGAGAGGAGUCAUUUGAUCCUUUCAUGUUUGACGUUGGGGAACUUGAGGAAGUGAAUUUGAACGAUAUCUUCUCACAAUUCAUGCCAGACAUAUAUGACAUACAGUGACCUCAGUCACUUUCUUAUUCUCCGACUAACAUCUUACCUUAACCGAACAAUCGCAAUCAUAUCUGUGUCUUGUAUGCUAUCUAUAGAUCAAGCCCAAGUGGCUUGCAGAUAUUAUCAUCUUUUCUCAAUCGAGCAUCCUGAAGGAGGAUGGGGCUAAACAUUGAGGUAGGAUAUAUUUUGAGAGGAGUUGGAGUUGAAAUUUAGAACUUCCGGAGAUCUAAGAUCUAUUAUACUUCCUCG